UCUAGCCUCCGUCACCGUCGAACCGCCCACCCACCCUUCUAUGAGUGACCGAGCGUUCUAUGUUUGCGCGCGCGCUCACACACACCCGGGGCCGAGCGGGAAAAGCGUCCAGCAGCUCGCGACCUGAAGUACUCCAGUAGUCCUGUGUUUGGCGGGCUUGUUCUCCUGUGUGUCCGGGAAUGAGAAGAGAUGGCCGGGUCUGCAGCAGAAGAAAAAACCUUCCGGAGGUUCCUGGAGCUCUUCCUCCGGGAGAUGAGGCCACCUCUCCGGGAAAGCGACCCGCCGCCGAUGCGCCCCGUGACGGACCUAGUCUCCGAUGAGGAGGUGGAGGGGGAGUGCCUCGACCUGUGUCUCCAACACCUCUACAAAUAUAACUGUCCCUGCUCCCUGGCCUCCGCCCUGGCCCGGUCCACGGCCGACAGCGUCCUUCAGAACUACCUCACCACCCUGACCUUCGUCAAGCCUGUGGAGGAGGAGCUUGACGAGGACGCCCCCCCACCCCCGCCCUACCUGCCACAGCUGGACUCAGUGCAGCUGGCGCGGCUGGUGUUCAACAGGCUGUUUGAGGUGUGCGACGCGUGGAUGAAGGACUUCCCGUACCGCCGCCGCCCCUCGCCCUACUACGAGACCUCCAUCCACGCCAUCAAGAACAUGCGGCGCAAGAUGGAGGACAAGCAUGUCAUCAUCCCCGACUUCAACACCCUCUUCAACAUCCAGGACCAGGAGGAGCAGGCCUUCUUCGCGGUGUUCGACGGCCACGGCGGCCUCGACGCAGCGAUCUACGCGGCCAACCACCUGCACGUCAACCUGGUGCGCCACGAGUUCUUCAGGCAGGACCCCGUGGAGGCCCUGUUCCGGGCCUUCAGGACCACCGACGAGCGCUUCAUCAAGAAGGCCAAGCGCGAGAAGGUGCGCUGUGGCACCACGGGCGUGGUGACCUUCCUGCGGGGCCGGACCCUCUACGUGGCCUGGCUGGGCGACUCGCAGGUCAUGCUGGUGAAGAAGGGACAGGCGGUGGAGCUGAUGAAGCCUCACAAACCAGACCGCGAGGACGAGAAGCUGAGGAUAGAAGCUCUGGGCGGCUGUGUGAUCUGGUUUGGAACAUGGAGGGUGAACGGCAGCCUGUCUGUAUCCAGAGCCAUAGGUGACGCAGAGCACAAGCCGUACAUCUGCGGCGACCCCGACCACUGUGUCUUCCCCCUCGACGGCUCAGAGGACUACCUCAUCCUGGCCUGCGACGGCUUCUGGGACACGGUGAGCCCGGACGAGGCGGUGAGGGUGGUGAGCGACCACCUCCAGGAGAACACCGGCGACACCAGCAUGGUGGCCCACAAGCUGGUGGCCUCGGCCCGCGACGCCGGCUCCAGCGACAACAUCACCGUCAUCGUGGUGUUCCUGCGGGACCCCCGGAACCCGCCGGCCAGCAGCGCCGAGGAGGAAGAGGAGGAGGCGGCGGCGGCGGAGGAAGGGCUGGAGGAGGAGGAGGCGGCGGCGGCGGCGGCGGAGGUGGAGGAGGAGGAAGAGGACGAGGAGCAGGAAGAGGGGGAUUCGGUGAGGGGCGAGCGGGGCGGCGGCCAGGGAGGGAGCAACGCGGACGUCGGGGGGAAAGGCCGCGGCGGCUGGCCCCUGCAGCAGUGCUCUGCGCCCGCCGACCUGGGCUACGAGGACCGCAUGGACUCCUUCACGGACAGAACCAGCCUCAGCCUGCUGGGCCCGGCGGGCCCGGGGUGGACCUCCGCGUCUCCCCCCGUCUCGGACGGACAGCCCCCGGCCGGCCUCGUCUUCGGAUCGGAGGCGUGCUUCUCUCACGGGCGAGAGGAGCGGCCCCCGGGGCCGAGGGCGUGGCCCGGACCCCGGCCCUGCGUCCCCGCCUGCCAGGAGCCCAUCUCCCCGGCCUCGUUGAACCCGCUGCCCCGCCGCCGGGCGGGGCCGCUGGGCCAGCCCAGGAGGCAGACGCGGAGGCGGCUGGGCGGCGGGCCCCGGAGGGGCUGCAGGGGCGCGGGCAGAGCCCAGCGGGAGUUGUCAGACCUGCAGCGAUCCUGCCGCAGUCUGCUCUCUCCCGACCGCUGCCCCGACCAGAGGCCCGGGGUGGCCCUGCCUCACUUACAUGACGCCCCCAUCUGAAGAGGCGCUGCAGCCACAGCCCAAGAACCCCCCCCCCCCCGCUACGUCCAGCUCCCCCCGCCCCACUUACUCACGAAAGCUUUCACCCAGACCCCCUAUGCUUCUAACGCCCUUCAAACAUCUCUUUGAUUGUCAGUGGCCCGUCGUGGCACGUGCUGCUGUUUUUGUGAAUAUUGGAUCCCUGUCCCCGAGGGUCGGACUCUUGCACCAUACAAAAAAAAUCCCAAAUUGUAAGCUUUCUUAUCAUCGAAAAAAAAAAAUAUAUAUGCUCAGCUCAUUGUUGUUAUUGACGCUGCAUAAGGAAAAACCUUCCCUCUUCAUGGAAAGUGCUGAUCACUGGCCAGAGCCACAGCCACAGCCACUGGUUGUUCCUGUACCCAGGAUGGGCGGGCUCUCCACGUGGCUCCACACAGAAGAGGAACGCUGCCAUGAUGCCCCCACUCUAUGUCCAUAGAUAAAAGCGCUUUACACGGGAUUAUAAGAUUAGCUGUCACUUAUCUAAAGAAAGGCUAGAUGUAGUGAUAUGUAAUCCAGAUAGGGUAGGGCUGUACAAGUUAGAGAAGGGGAAUAUCAUUUUAAAGAAAUUAUCUAUUUAUAGUGUUUGUUAGACCAUGUAGUGACUCAUGAGUAGACUAGUUGAUCAAUCACGCCUACUGUGUUAAGCUUUUUGUUUAGAGACAGCCUAUCAGGCAAGAGUACUUUACAAUUGUCUUGAUAUGGGUCAAAGUGCCCUGUAAAAGUUGUGUUACCGUUUAUUCACUGGGCCACGAGAGUUCAGACAACGCUGCGGAGCUGUGCCUUUAGACAUGUGACUGAAACAUAACGCUGGGUUUCUUUACGGAAAUAAAGUGGUUGUUUGUGCAACUCGACGAGUGCACAAACAACCAAGAUGUGUUUUACUAUUCAGGACAAGCUAACACUCUGUCAAUACAAUUCCUAUAGUGUGAAAUGUUAAAGAAAAGCCAUAAUCUUCUCUACAGCAGCUCAUAGCACUGAUUUUAAUCCCAAAAAUGUCCACCAAGACACUAUCCUCAAGGAUUUACACAGGGGAAGUAUUGCCCGCUAGCAUGUAAGCCCGCUAGCAUGUUAGCCCGCUAGCACGUAAGCACGCUAGCAUGUUAGCCCGUAAGCGACGAGCAGGCUCCGUCAACAGUGCCUCCACUCUCUUGGCCCAGACGAAGGUUGGUGUUUACACACCUAGCAGGAUGGUCAAUAUCGAUUUUGGAAACAGACGACUGAUCCCAUCUGACCACAGGGGUUCUUGUGCCGUCGCUGACAAACUACCGCACUGUGCCAUCACCUCCUUUUGUACGCUAUCGUCAUUUUAUCUAACAUGUUUAUAAUUCAAAGUUGUUCCUCUAUGGGAUGUAUGUGGCAGGUUUAUGAGGUCAUUCCAAAAUGAGUAACGCCUCCAUCAGGCCGGCCCCGGCCUUGCAGAGAGCCCCAUUAUGGUGUGCCCACCGCUCAAGUCCUCUAUCAGCAGGGAGGCUGGAGCCAUUCCUGGAAGAGGGCUGGAGGCCUGAUGAGUCUUAUGGCCCUCACAACGAGGGGAGCCCACUGGAACAGUUUCAAUCUGUAUUUAGCAAAUCAACGAGUAAAAUAUCAACUUCAGAUUCACGAGAAUGUAGUCCAGUUACAGACGCAGAAACAUAACUCUUAAUUUGCGAGCCCGGGGACAACCAGGUUGUUUUAAAGGGAUUCUCUUUUGAAAGGGCAAUGUCAGUUUGCCACUCUUCAAGAUUAUGACUUUGUCUCUGUAUUCUCAAACAGCUGGAUCCAUAUUUAGAUUUGUCACAAGUAUAAUUAUCAGAUUUACCGAAUUACUGUAUAUUAGCCAAUGCCCGAAAUACAGUCAUGUCAACAUUAAUCUAAACGGCCAAAUAGACAGCAGGCUUCCUUCAGCUGUAAUAGUUUAUAAGAAGUGUGCAAAGAUAACUGAUAUUGAUUGGUUCUCUCCAUGGUGGGGCUCAGUCCAGAGACGUGUUCGGAACGGACGUGUCAAAGCACGACUUCAGAACACUCGGACAUCGCUCCAGGGAUUGAAAUCAUUGAACAAUUUACACGUUUGGGGUAUAAUGGAUCCUAGAUUGGGGUUGUUCCCUUUCAAACUCUAAUUAAAUAUUUAUUGUAUAUUUAUUUUACAUGCAUAUCAUCGUUAGGAAGUAGAGAAUAGCGGUUAGCAUUGGAAUGAAUGGAAAUGAAGUGUUGAGAAUUAAAUAUUUGCUAGAAUGUAAGAGACCUCACAAAUCUUCUUUCUGGGAGCUCAGGUUUCUCUCAGGGGUGAACAGCCCCCCCCUUCCUCCCCCAUUACACUGAUAUUAGGGUAUAUUAUUUAAUCUCCUAAAUCACACAUAAUUUGGAUAGGGCCGCAGCUUCAUGACCAUAUUUCUUGAAUAUGAAUUGGGAUUGCGACACAUGACUUUACCUGGUAGAUAACGGAACGCCUGACGUCUGGAAGAGUUUAGUCUAAGACGAAAACUCAAUGGAUACAAUCUGGGCUGACUGAUCCUAUUAUCAUCCAUCCAUGAAAGGUUAAAGAUAAAAAAAUAAAAACCUCCACGAGAUUACCCUUAAAGUGUAAUUCAGGCGAAAAUUUAAUGCAGGGUCUUUUUCGUCAUGAAGAACCAUAAAAUGUGUGUGUGGAGUACCCUCCAGACACUUUAUUUAAUUUUUUUAAGUCUGCCUUACUGGUAGGUCCAUGUUUCCAGGAAGUCCACACAAGUCGCUUACCGGCUACCAUAAAUUAUAUAAUAGAGGCGUCCCAACAUUUUACUUGACAAUCUCCCCUCUUGAUACUUGGCUGUUCUAAAAACGUUUGCGCCUCUAUUUAUUAUUUACGGUAGCCGGUAAUCGACUUGUGUGGACUUCCUGGAAACAUGGACCUACCGGUAAGGCACAGACUAGGAAAACUGUCUUUUUUAAUAGACUCCCGGUACGCUAACUAAGUUGUUGAUGCUUCGAUUUAUGUGUGGGGACCCUGGUCAUACUACUGCAGAGGUUUGGUGCUAUUUUGAGCAAUAUUAGUGGUUAAAAAAUGUGGAUUUGGAAGAGUUCACACUGCCCCUAGCCAAUAACAUGGAUCCGGGCAUUCCCGGGCAAGCUUUAUACUCGAUUAUCAAUGAAAAAAAGUGUCUGGAAGGCUUAUUUCAUGGGUCGUCAUGCCGAAAAAGACCCUGGGUUAAAUUUUCGCCUGAAUUACACGUUAAGGUUACAUUUAAGUCAAUGAUUAAACAAAAGGGUUACCAACCAUUAGUAUAAACACAUGACAGGUCCCGGCCCCACCACAUUCAUAGCCCCUAACACUACCCCAGGAUGGGUUUUACAAAAGCCUCCAACCAACUCAAGGGAAGUGCAAUGAAUUCACGGUACUCUGAAGACCUUUGUGUGUGUGCGCAGUUUAAGAGCAGAUGACAUUUACAGACUAAGCUGAAUCCAGGCUAUGUGUACAUUGUUAUUCCUGUUCUAUUCUCUAUGGGUCUUCUUAUAAUUAGUUCCACUCUAAUCACUUGUGUGCAUUCCUCAUGAGUGGCCCCACAUCUUGUUUGCAUGUGGCAGACACUGUCAGACACACCACAGCGGCGGGACGUAUGUGGGUGGGGAUGUGUGUGCUCACAGAAUCACAAAAUAAACACACCCUUCCCGACGGAAGGGAUUAAUGUUGAAACUUACUCUUAUGUAUAUUGUGUACAUACACUGUGGAGCUCCAAGGCCAAACUGUCACUGUGUAAGCAAUAAUGAUGAUACAAAUAUAUCAAGUCGUCAACAAAACCAUUGAAAUCACAAUCUCCCAAGGUGAAACGUGCAUCCAAUACUGGAAAUGUAACCAAACCCCCCCCCCCCCCCCCAAGACAAACUGUAAGGACAGAACCUUUUCAUGGGGAAACUGGUUAUUUGCUGUUUCUGGCAACUAAUAAUCUUUGUUCCACCAGAGAUGGGGGUGUCCUUGAGGUUUAGGAUGUAGGCACUCUUUAAGAGCCAACCACUCUUUACGACGAUCAACACAGUACUCCAUCCCUGAUAAUUCACAUCCAGGGCCUUUCGUGACUCUGCACUGUGUGUCUCUGUACACAAAAAUAUCUUGUUUUUUUUCUUUUUUUCUUCUGUAAGCAAUAAUGAAUCUUUUGGAAACUUUGUGUGGAAAAGGCUCCUCACAGGGUUUGUCUUCACUGAUGGCUCUCUAUCUCGUCAAUUUUGUGUUCUACCCCUGCCAACCUCAGAACCCUUAAUCGUGCGGCUCCAACACAGAAGCAGUCAGUGUGAUAAUUAUAAUUAUUAUUAUAAUCGAUGGCUGCACGGUGGGCCCUCAUCUUUCCUCACACCAACCCCUGGUUAUACUUUUUAUUUUGCAGUUUGGAGGGAGGGCGGCCAAUAGCUUGCUUGUUAUAUCUGCAUAUAUUUAAAAGCAAACUACCUCAGGUCAUCUACUGAGGCGGGGUUUUUCCCUUUAAAUCUAUGCAGGCAUUGAAGGUGUUGGAGACUGUCUGCGCAAGGCCAUAGGACAAAGCCAUUAGUAGACUCACACACACACACACAGUCAUACUCUGAAGACAAACCCAUGAUUGGCUCUUCCUCUAAAAUGUGAGCUAAGUAAACAAAACAAAAAAAGGUACAAAUAUAAACUUUUAGUAACUGUAUAGUCAUUGUAUGGUCAUGUAGUAUAUACAUGUGUAUCUUUAAAUGGUGACUUAUCAUGUACAUAAAGAUUAGCGCAACUC